AUGACUCUAGCACAGUACACCAUGACUCUAACACAUAACUACCUGUUCAAUCUGCUAAUAAUCAUCACUAAAGGUCUCUCUCAGUUGAUAAAAACCCAGCAGGUUGUCAUAGUAACACUGGGAGGAGAUGCUCACUUCAGCUGCAGACUCAUGGAACCCAGAGACGUCCUGCAAGUCACCUGGCAAAAGGAGACACCAGGAGGGACUGAAAAUGUGGCCUCCUACAACAAACGUUUUGGUCCAACAGUAAACCCACCUUUUAAUAGGAAAGUGGCGUUUCUAAAUGUGGGACUGCAGAACUGCUCUAUCAUCAUCAGAGGAGUAUCAAGAGAAGAUGAGAGCUGCUACAAGUGUCUGUUUAAUACUUACCCAGAUGGAGCUAUCAGUGGAAGGACCUGCCUUCAAACUAUUGAGCUGUACAGACCCACACUCAUAGUGACACGAACCACUGAUACUCAUCCCCUGUUUUCUGGGUUAACUCUCUCCUGCUCUGCCACGGGACGACCUGCUCCAAUAGUGGACUGGGAUGAAACCAUAAAAUUUUAUUUAGAAAACUCUACAACGGUCAAUUUCACCCAUCCCAAUGGAACUGUUACUGUCACAAUAACUUCCAUGGUGGCAGUUCCCAAUCUACCUGAAAAUAUCACCAUGGUUCGGUCCAACUACACCUCCAGUCUCCAAUGA